UAAAGGCCAGGCCUGGGAGCCUCACCUACCCUGCUCUCUGCUUGCCAUCUCUCCACAUCCCUCUCUGUGCUUACAGCUCCCAUGGCCCCCAAAAAGCCAGACCCCAAGAAGGACGAUGCCAAAGCAGCCAAGGCGGCUCCCGCGCCAGCGCCCGCACCAGCACCCGCACCCGAGCCCGAGCGCCCCAAGGAAGUGGAGUUUGAUGCCUCCAAAAUCAAGAUCGAGUUUACACCGGAGCAGAUUGAAGAGUUCAAGGAAGCCUUCAUGCUGUUCGACCGCACACCCAAGUGUGAGAUGAAGAUCACAUACGGGCAGUGCGGGGAUGUCCUGCGGGCGCUGGGCCAGAAUCCUACGCAGGCCGAGGUGCUCCGCGUCCUGGGGAGACCAAAGCAAGAAGAGCUUAACACCAAGAUGAUGGACUUUGACACCUUCCUGCCCAUGCUCCAGCACAUUGCCAAGAACAAGGACACAGGCACCUAUGAGGACUUUGUGGAGGGGCUGCGGGUCUUCGACAAAGAGGGCAACGGCACUGUCAUGGGUGCCGAGCUCCGCCACGUGCUGGCCACUCUAGGUGAGAGGCUGACGGAAGAUGAGGUGGAGAAAUUGAUGGCGGGGCAGGAAGACUCCAAUGGCUGCAUCAACUACGAAGCAUUCGUGAAGCACAUCAUGGCCAGCUGAGCCUCCCAUCGCAGGGAGCCCAGGGAGGCCAUGCUGGGGACCGCUCAUCCCCCACUCUCAGCGCUGACACCAGUGGCCUGGAGUUGUGGGGAGCAAGGGAGGGCAUCGAGGCUCCUACACCAGCUCCCUCUGCACCGCCCUGCAGAUCUCCGUGUGCCUGUCAUCUCCCUCUAUGAGCUGUGCCUCUCUGUCUUCGCCCCAGGGGCCUCAUGAAUAAACGGCUUCUGUCCUUCCUUU